AUGAAAUCGAAAUUGAAUGGUACAAGUUCAUUUAUAAACCAAACACUUGAUAUUAUUUAUAUAGAAUCAAAUCUAUUUGAGAAUCAAUUUUGUAUAAAUAAACGAAAAACAAGAUCAAUUAAAACUCGUUCACGUUUUUCUCUUGUUUCAAUAACUGAAUCAAAAUCAAAUGAAUUCAAUGAAUAUUUACAAGAACGUCAAUAUAUGAUUGAGAAUUUUAAUAAAUUUUUAACUACACAAUUGAGAGCCAAUGAAAAUCUUUCACUUGAUUCAUUCAAGCUUAUACAUUCAUUAGGUGAAGGAGGUUAUGGUUCAGUUUUUCUUGCUUAUCAUAAUAAUACAAAUGAAUAUGUUGCAUUGAAAGCAAUUAAAAAAUCAACAUUAAUUGAAAAUGAUGAACAAAAUACAAUUCUAUCUGAAAGACAAUAUGCAUUUGCAUUACAUCAUCCAAAUAUUGUUCAAUUUAUUACAAGUUUUAAGGAUAAUGAAUAUGUUUAUAUAGGAUUUGAAUGGUUACAAGGCGGAGAUUUAUAUUCAUUAAUGAGUUAUCAAAAAUUAACUGAACUUCAAGCGAAAUUUUUUGCAGCACAGAUUGUCAUGGCUCUUGAUUAUUUGCACGGGUGUAAAAUUGUUUAUCGUGAUCUAAAACCAGAAAAUAUCGUAUUAACAUGUCAUGGUUAUAUUAAAUUAAUUGAUCUUGGUUUAGCAAAACUUAUUCGAGGUUAUAGUGAAACAUUUUGUGGUACACCACAUUAUAUUGCACCUGAAAUACUUAUGCAUCGUCCAUAUACAAUUUCACCUGAUUAUUGGACAUUAGGAAUUAUUAUUCAUGAAAUGGUUACUGGUAUUGCACCUUAUGAUCGAACAUAUCGAAUACAUGAAAAUGAAUCGACUGAAAAUGAAUAUGAUAAUCGAUCGACAAGUACUAUUGAAAAUAGCUCAUCAGAUAUUAUUCGACCUACGUCAAAACAUUAUAAUAUGUAUCAUCGUAUAAUCACCGGUUGUUCAUCAAUGCAUCUUGAAGAUGUAACACAUAACUGCACUAUACUCAUUCAUGAUUUACUUCAACAUAAUAUUAAUCAACGUCUUGGUUGUCGACAACGUGGUAUACUUGAUAUUUUUGAACAUCCUUGGUUUAAUCAAAUUAAUUUUUGGAAUUUAUAUCAACAAAAAUAUUUACCUCCAUUUAUUCCUUUAUGUAAAUAUUUUCCUACGAAUAAAUAUCAAAGUGAAACAAUACUUAAAUUUACUGCAAACAAACAAUAUGAAUAUGAUUUUAUUGAAUUUUAA